AAAAGGAAACCAAGAAAAGGGUGAGGUCUGUGACAAAAAGAGAAGGGUAGGCUGCAAGGACAUCAAGACAGCCGGGAAUCUCCCCAAGAAAAACAGCUGCUCACACACCAUGGAUCCUCAUGGAGGACAUUACCUCAACAAAGACGCCGUGUUGUCACCUUUAGGUGUGGCUCGAAUGUGCCAGCUGUUACUUGGCUGCACCAUAAUGGCCCUUGUGUCCCACAGCGCAGGCUACAGCGCCACCUAUGGAACAUUCUGCAUGUUUGUAUGGUGCUUCUGCUUUGCUGUGACACUGGUCGUGUUCACUUUGGACAUAACUCGGCUCCACACGUGCAUGCCCAUUUCCUGGGACAACUUCACUGUGGCCUUUGCCAUGCUGGCAACACUCAUGUACAUCACUGCCUCUGUGGUCUACCCUGUUUACUUCCUCCAAACAGAGUGCCCUGAUGAGGCCUGUGAGGUCCAAAGCUACCGUAUUGCUGUCACUGUUUGCUCCAGUGUCUGCUGCAUCCCCUAUGGAACUGAAGUCAUUCUAACUCGAGCCAAACCAGGUGCGGUGGUGGGCUAUAUGGCCACUGUGUCUGGUCUGCUCAAGGUGGUCCAGACCUUUAUGGCCUGCAUCAUUUUUGGGGCCCUGGCUGUUGACAAUGAGUAUAAUCGCUACAUUGCUACCCAGUACUGUGUGGUGGUGUACAGCCUCUGUUUCUCUGUCACUGUGAUAGUGGUCAUACUGACAGUUUCUGGAAGGACCUCUGCCUUGCGCUUCCCCUUUGACAGGUUUGUGGUUGUCUACACCUUCUUUGCUGUGAUCCUCUACCUGAGUACUGCACUGAUUUGGCCCAUCUUCAGCUUUGAUAAGAAGUACGGCAUCACUACUCGACCUGAGAACUGCCCACGUGGAGAAUGUCCCUGGGAUAGUAAGCUGGUGGUGGCAGUGUUCACCCAUGUUAACCUGAUCAUGUAUUUUGUUGAUCUUGUUUACUCUCAGAGGAUUCGUUUUGUCUCCAGCUCUGCUGUUUAAGAAAUUCAUUCCUCUUAAGACUAUUUAACCUUGAAGACAGAAAAAGGUCUGACGC